GACUUCAAAGAGUCCUAUGCCAAGCUUCGGGCCAUGGGAGCCUGUUCGCGUCGCAAAAAAUCAGCUCGGCCUAUGCCGAUGCUCCUGGGACUCGAGGGCAAGCCGCUUCGUUCGAACAUCGAGGUUGCGGAUAGGUGGCUUCAGCAUUUCAGUGGAGAGGAGGCGGCGCCAGUUAUCCCUUUUUCCGACAUAUCAUGGUUCAUGAACUCCCUCCCCGCCCUCACCUCUGACGUUACGCAUAACGUGGACAUUAACAUAGAGGACGUCCCGCCCCUCGGUAUCACCCAGCAGACGCUGUUUCGUGCCAAGGCUUCCGCUGCAGGCCCCGACGGCAACGCGGGGGCAGUCCUUAAGAAGUUCGCGCUGCAGAUCG